AUGUUUGGGGAUAAGAAGAAAGAGCCAACUGAGGUAUAUUUGGCCAAUGCUAAAAUUAAUAGGGAAAUAUUACCGAAAUUUACUAGAGCACAACUCCUGUCGUAUAAUGGAGUUGAUAAACCUCAGUUAUACGUUGGAAUAAAGGGAGAUAUAUUUGAUGUGAGUGGGAAUAUCCAAAGUUAUGGUCCUUCUAAGCCAUAUAAUAAGUUUGUUGGUAAAGAUGCGGCAAGAUUAUUAGGUAUGAAUAAAUUACAAUUGAAAGAAGAAGAUGGAGAUCCAACUAAUACAUGGGAUUUAUCUAGGUUAAACGAGAAACAAUUAAAAGUUGUUGAUGAGUGGGUGGAAUUUUUCAAGAUGAGAUACCCCAUUGUGGGGACCAUUGAGGAUAAAUAA